GACCAUUUGAAGGUUGUUUCAGCUUGAAGCACACAUUGUUCAAUGCUGUGAGGAGCUUAUGGGCUUUGUGACGCCAGACGUGGUCUGAUUUCUACACCGCAAGAGAUUGAAAAGACCCUGUUACCAACAUGAGCACCCAAAGAGAAGACCAGAUCAUUGACACCUACUACACCUCUGUUCACACACUGGGCAGGAAAAAGGGAAAGGAAGGAAAGCAGCUCCGCUACAUGCAAAAAGAUGGCCGGUUCCUAGUGGCAUUCCAGAAGCCCCCUGGAGACUGGGGACCAUAUCUGAUAGACAUCUUCACCACCCUCAUAGAGAUUCGCUGGAGGAUGAUGCUCCUUGUCUUUUCCCUUUCUUACAUUCUCUCCUGGAUCUUCUUCGGUCUCUGUUAUUGGCUCAUUGCCUACAUACAUGGUGACACUCAGAGUGUAGAUAACAAUCCUUGCGUGGAAAACGUGCGUGGCUUUACUGGAGCAUUCCUGUUCUCAAUGGAGACCCAAGCAACCAUUGGUUAUGGCAACAGGGGGAUGACUGAAAACUGUAUCGGGGCUAUUAUUGUGGUUACUAUCCAUGAUGUGUUUAGCUGCCUUCUCGACACCAUUGUCAUUGGCAUUGUCGUGGCCAAAAUGGCUUCUGCCCGAAAGAGGGCACAGACAGUGGGUUUCAGCAGUUGCGCAGUGGUCAACCUGCGGAAUAGGGUUCUGUGUCUGUCCUGGCGCCUCGGAGACUUUCGAGGUAAUCACAUCCUUGACGGGGAGAUCAGAGCUCAUCUUGUCCGCUAUGUGAAACAAAAGAUGGGAUCUGUUGUGAUGUUGCACCAGGACUUGGACCUUGAGAACCCGCAUGUUGUCCUCGCCACUCCCACAACAAUCAUUCACAAACUAACACCAGGGAGUCCCCUUUACAGGAUGGGUCCAGACGACUUACAGGAGGAAAACUUUGAACUGGUGGUCUCCUUCACCUACAAUGGGGACUCCACAGGGAUGCUCCACCAGACACGCAUAUGCUACACUCCUGCAGACAUCCGCUGGGGGCAACGUUUCCAGAACAUACUGAAAGAGGGCAAGCGACACUACAAGGUGGACUAUGCUCUGUUCAAUGAGACCACCUGGGUUUCAGUUCCCAUGCUCUGUGCAGAGGCCUACGACAGACAGAGGAGACAUGCCAAUGAGGGCAAUUCAUUCUUACCAUCACUCACAGGGAAUGAACACAUCUACUGGGCUACCAUCGACAGCCCUGAAGAGGUGGUCGUGCAAACAUGUUUGUAAAGAACAAACAUGCAUGCACAUUAUUUAAAUGAUGAACUGUUCUAUUCACGGCACCCGAUUUGAAUGUCUUUGUAUAUACGUUUGCAUCCAAAGUUUUUAAUAUAUUGGUUUAUUCUUUGUAAACAAAAGGUUGUGUAUUUGACCACCAAAUGGAAGUUCAAUAAAGCUUCUGCUGUUUGCCA